GCAUUUCGUAACUUAUCCAUUGAUCUCCUUCUCCCUUCUCCUUCGCCUUCCUUGUUUUCACAACAAAAUCAAAAUACGCCAUUUUAGUUUUACAUUUUCGAGUUUCGACGGGUCACGGGUGAGAUUGAAUAAUCUUGGGUGUUUUUACUGUUUUUGUGAGAACUUGUGGAAGGUUGAAAGAUGUCGAUUGAGUACUUGCAAGUAGCUGAGGACGAAGGGGAAGAGCCGAUAGAACUGCCCACGGAAGAUGAUGGUACUUUACUGCUAAGUACUUUAUCAGCUCAGUUUCCAGGGGCGUCGGGGCUCAAAUUUAAGGCCCCCGAGAGCAAAACGUUCAGGGGGGUCCGCUUGACCGAGGGGAGGCUACAUCCCCCUUCGGACAGUGGAUGGGGGUCGCAAAUAUUUUACUGUUCCUUUCCCAAAGGUAGGGCACGUUAUGACCAAAAUGGAGAAAAUAAGAGAAAGAGUGAUGAUAAUUUGGAAAAUUCAACUGCAAAAACAAAACGUAUGGAGACAAGAUUACGUUGUACAGAUUUGAUAGUUCUUGGCCUACCAUGGAAGACCACAGAGCAAAACCUCAGGGAGUAUUUUGAGACCUUUGGAGAGGUUUUGAUGGCCCAGGUGAAAAAGGACCCAAAGACAGGUCAAUCCAAGGGAUUCGGAUUUAUCAGGUUUGGAUCGUAUGAGUCUCAGAUGAGAGUUUUAGCGCAGAGGCAUAUGAUUGAUGGAAGGUGGUGUGAUGUGAAAGUUCCAAACUCGAAAGAGGGUUUGAUUCAACAAGUACCUUGCAAAGUGUUCAUUGGUAGGUGUACAGAAGACAUCAGCUCUGAUGAUCUCAGAGAAUACUUUGGGAAAUUCGGAGAGGUCACGGACGUUUUCAUACCGAAACCCUUCAGGGCGUUCAGUUUCGUCACGUUCUUAGACCCCGAAAUUGCUCAAUCGCUUUGCGGAGAAGACCACAUAAUCAAAGGCGUUUCCGUGCACGUGUCGAACGCCGCCCCCAAAUCGGACACGCGAGGCGGCGGCGGUGGCGGCGGUUUCAGGGGCGAGAGGGGCGGCGGUGGGGGCGGGCCGCACGGGCCCAGCAGAGGGGGCGGCUCGGGCGGAGGACCGGGGGGGCCGGAUGGGGGGCCGCCCGGCAUGUACAACCAGAGGUACAACGGUACUGGGCCCAAUCAGGGCGGAUGGGGCAACCAAGGGGGCCCUAGGGGGAACAUUGACAUGCCGAACUUGCAGGCUUUAGGUAUCACAGGUCAGGGCCAGCAGGGCAACAACCAGGCCAACUGCAAUCCUCUAGGCUUGGGCCUGAACGCGCUGGGCGCCCUGCCGAUGAAUCCGGCCCUGGUGGCGGCCGCGCUCAACCAGGCCGGCUGGGGCCUGAUCGGGAAUCUGCAGACGCAGCCCGAGCAGAACUUCAACCAGGGCUUCGGCAACGGGCCCAACAAUGCUAACCAGAACAGCCAAAACGGCAGCGGCAGAGGCAACAACCCUGGCUUCCUGAACUGGAUGAGCCAAGGGGGCGGCGGGGGCCAGGGCCAGGGUCAGGGCCAGGGUGGCAGCCAGAACAACCCCGAUGGCGGACAGUGGAACCGAAACGCGCCGCAGGGCCAAGACAAGGGUUUCCUCAAAUACGACUAAAUGCAGUGAUUCUUCCAAAGAAAAACUGCUAGAGGAGAGGAAGCAAAAGAUUCUGAGCGUUCACUUGGAUUUACCUGCAACUUGUUUUAUUUUAUUUUUACAGUUUUACUUUAGACACAACCUCUAAAACAACUAGAAAUUGGGCGCCGUUUUUGAAUGUGCAAAAAUAUUUUAGUUACAUUUUCUGUAAGAAUGUGAUAUCCUGUUUUUGGGGUUGCGCCUAAUCAUGUUUAGUGAAUAUUAUAAUUAAGUUAGAUGAAAUAUGGCUUAAUGUGAGAAAGUGUGUAGAGAUAUAAGAGUAAAUGGAAAGAUUGUUGUCAAUCUUAGUGAAAUGUAGAUCAAGCCUGAUCAAUAUAUGUAUGAGAAUGAACUAUU